UUUUUUCCCCAUUUCUGCUCAGUUACAGAGGCGCAGGUCCACUAUGAGCAAUGCACCCACCGCUGGCCGUUUGGGGCAGUAUGAGAUCAGAGGGCUGCUCCUGUGUUUCUUGCAUAUUGUAAGAACAUUGUCAGAUGAUACUCUACUUGCCUACUGGUCUAAAGUCAAUCCUCAAGACGUCAUGAACUUCCUCAGUCUGCUCGAGAUCUGCAUAGUCCAGUUCCGCUAUGUGGGCAAGCGAAACAUCAGCCGGAGCCUGGAGCCCUGGGUGUCCAAACUCUUCUCGUGUGAGAGGAAGUCUCAGACCAUGCCGGUGCUGAGAAGUCGAGGAAGCCUAAUGCAAGCAAAGCUGCAGCAGUUUAGCACUAUGGACACCUCAUUAACCCUGAACAUGGCUGGAGGUGCCACAGAAGCAGAGAUCAACCAUCAGUCUCUGCUUGAGGGGAAUAUGUCGACAGAGGCCUGCCUUACCGUACUGGAUGUCCUCUCACUCUUCACUCAGAGUUUCAAGAUUCAGCUGCUGGACAGUGAUGGUCACAAUGCUCUGAUGACGAAGGUCUUUGACACGUACCUCACUUUACUGAAAGUCGGACCAUCAGAAACCGCAAUCAAACACAUCUUUGCCUCUCUGCGAGCCUUUAUCUUCAAGUUCCAGGUUCCCCUUUUCAAGGGCCGUGUAACUCUGUGUGGUUCUCUGUGCUAUGAAGUCUUGAAGUGCUGUAUGUCUAAACUAAGUGUCCUCCGUGGAGAAGCGUCUGCCCUUCUAUACCUGCUCAUGAGGAACAAUUUUGAUUACACCAAGAGGAAAAGCUUCCUGCGCAUGCACUUACAGAUCAUCAUCGCUGUGAGCCAGCUUAUCGCUGAUGUGGCGCUUACGGGCAGCUCACGUUUCCAGGAGUCACUGUCCAUCAUCAACAACUUUGCCAACAGUGAUAAAGCCAUGAAGACCACCACGUUUCCCUCUGAAGUGAAGGGUCUGACGAUGAGGAUUCGCACGGUUUUGAUGGCCACCGCUCAGAUGCGUGAGCACGAGAAAGACCCAGAAAUGCUGCUCGACCUUCAGUACAGUCUGGCCCGAUCGUACGCAAGCACUCCAGAGCUCCGGCGGACCUGGCUGGACAGCAUGGCACGAGCACACAGCAAGAAUGGAGACUUCUCCGAGGCUGCUAUGUGUAAUGUUCAUGUUGCUGCAUUGGUGGCAGAGUAUUUGCACAGGAGAAAGCUGUUCCCAAGUGGACUGGCAGCUUUUAAGAAAAUCACCCAGAACAUCGAUGAAGAAGGAGCUAUGAAAGAAGACGCAGGGAUGCAAGAUGUGUACUACACUGAGGAUGUCCUGGUAGAGCAGUUGGAGGUGUGUGUGGAGGGUCUAUGGAAAGCCGAGAGGUUUGAGCUCAUAACACACAUUUCAAGACUCAUCAUUCCAGUUUACGAGAAGCGGCAUGAGUUUGAGAAACUGAGGCGAUUGUAUGACACACUGCAGCGAGCUUAUGCAAAGAUAUUAGAGGUGAUGCAUUCUGGCCGACGUCUGCUGGGGACUUACUUUAGAGUCGCCUUUUAUGGGCAGGGCUUCUUUGAAGAAGAGGAUGGAAAAGAAUACAUCUACAAAGAGCCAAAGCUCACAAGUCUGCCUGAAAUUUCCCUUCGUCUCUUAAGUCUCUACGAAGAAAAGUUUGGAGCGGAGAAUGUCAAAAUCAUCCAAGACUCCAACAGAGUUAACCAGAAAGAACUAGAUCCGAAGUUUGCCUACAUUCAGGUCACAUUUGUCAAGCCCUACUUUGAUGAGAAAGAACUGGCGGAGAGGAAGACAGACUUCGAAAAGUGCCACAACAUUCAGCGUUUUGUCUUCGAGACUCCAUUCACACUAACAGGAAAGAAACAAGGAGGGGUUGAGGAACAGUGCAAGCGGCGAACGAUUCUUACCACGGCCAACACAUUUCCCUAUGUAAAGAAGCGCAUCCAGGUAGUGGGAGAAAAGCACUUGGAGCUGAAGCCGAUUGAUGUAGCAAUAGAUGAGAUGAAAGAGAGGAGCGCUGAACUCACUAAACUCUGCACUAAUUCAGAGGUUAACAUGAUCACACUUCAACUCAAGCUCCAAGGCUGUGUUAGUGUGCAGGUGAAUGCGGGACCGAUGGCCUAUGCUCGAGCUUUUCUGGAUGAAUCCAAAUCUGGUCAAUCCAGUAAAAAGGUUAAGGAGCUCAAGGAAAUAUUCAGGCAGUUUGUCAAUGCAUGCAGCAUGGCUCUGGACAUCAACGAGAGGCUCAUUAAGGAGGAUCAGUAUGAGUAUCACGAGGGACUAAAGGCCAACUUCAAAAGCAUGGUGAAAGAACUUUCUGAUAUCAUCCACGAGCAGAUUGAGUUCUAGAUCUUCCAGGAGGAUAUGAUGCGUUCCCUGCUGCAGAACUCUCUCCAUGUGUUCCGUGCUAUCAGUGGAACCUCCACUGACCUGAGCUAGAACCCGAUGGACUAUCAGCUCUCCUCCGCCUGAAUGUACAGAUCAAAUUUCAAGGCUUUCUGCAAGAACCUUUUCAUGUUACAAGAAUGCCAUGUUUUUACUUGUGUACAGCGAGUUUGUGUAAAUUCUGCUUUUACGGUUCAUGUUAACAACAACUCUAUUUACUUUCUUAAUGCACAUCCCUGGUCUUAUCAUGUUUGCAUCGAUGUUCCUUUAAGUCUAACAUCACCAAUCCACCUUGUUUUUCAACUCUUACUCUCUUACCAUACAAUUCUAGAAACCUGUUUCCACCACAUAAGAAACUUUCAUAUAUCAUGAUUAUGACAUAGAAAGUCAAAAUCAUAAUCGCUCAUUGUGAUGAGAUGGUCAAAAUAAAAAAAAUAAAAAAGUCAAAAUUGAUAUAAAGUCAAUUAUAACAGGAGUCAGAAUUCACAAAACUUCGGAAUUCUGACAUAAAAGUCAUUAUUAUGAGAUAAAAGUAUAGAAUGGACUGAAUUCAGUCAGUUCUUAAUUUAUUACACAAUUAUAACACAGUCAUAAUUUAUGUUUUUAAAACAUUUUUUAAUAAUUAUGAUUUUAUCUCAUCAUUUUAGCUUUUUAUUUCAUAAUUAUGUCUUAGUAUGUUGUACUUUGACUUUUAUUUAUGCAUAACUAUCAUCUUUUCAUUUAAGUUUUAUGAUUUACCAAGGAAUUUUCUUUAUUUGCUGGAAAUAGACUUUCUUCCUCUACUUUUCGUGAUCCAAUCAAUUAUAUAAAUUCAAGUCCAGUAUUAUUUUUUUCUUACAUUCUUUAAAAGUAAAAUGGGUUAGCAAUGCUAUUACAUUUUGCCUGUACUGUACGUGUUUUUCUGUAAUGCAGUCCAUUUUGCAUCUCAGCCAAACUGUCUGUUUUAAAUUAAGGGGUGCUGCUGGAAAUAAAACAUGCAGUGUAUUUAGAUCACCCAGUACACCAAAGAUCAAAUGGCCAGUUUAUACUAUAUGCCUACAUUUCCAUAUGACUUUUACACUGACAGUUGUAUUUUCUGAAAAUGGCAGGUGAUCAUAAAGUCUAAAACUGAAUCAUUGUACGGAAUGAUAGAAUUCACAGUUGUAAAAAUACAAUGAUCCAACAGUGAACGCCCAUAUUUUCAGAGGCGUUGAUUCUGAAAGUAUUUUUGCUAUUCAUUUUCUCUAUAAACAGAGAAUGACUUGGUUAUAAUAAGAUAUAAACUAGCUCAUCUAGCUUUCAAGAUGAAUCACAACAUUACAAACUUACAUUUGACUCCAAAAAAAGUAUAGAGAAGGUAUCUGUUUUUUAUUUCUAUUAUUUCUCAACUCAAAAAACAAUGGUACAAUAAAAGUUUGACUUUUUAAAUGAUUUAUAUAAUUGUUUUUUGGACAUUUUUUUUUACCGAGCAACAUCUUGAUUCUAAUAUUCUCUUGUUGACUCUUCCCUUAAUUCUGUUUGAUGCUUGGUGCAAACUGCAUGUGGUGUAGUUUGAGAGAAACAUUGCUGUCAGUUUAAGACGUCUGUCUUCCUCCUGCCAGCUGGAGAAUAGACGAAUUUAAACUAGCUACUACUGUAUAUGUGGUCAAAUCACACCGUCCCUCUUCCCUUAUUUUCAGUCUGGUGGUUAUUGACUGGCUGCACGUUUGUUAAACUGAGAAACUAAGAUCAUUGCAUAAUUUCUGUUAUGAAAUUGAACGAAACCGUCUGGAGUUGCAAUGAUGUUAUAUAAAUAUGUAUAUGUAAAGCUUUUUAAAAAUGAAUGCAUACCCCAUGACGGUCGAGAACAGCUGACUUUGAUAUAAUGCAGAUUGUAACAGCAUAUUGAUAUCUAGUUUAAGCAGAUUUUGGUGAUUUCCAUUGUAAACAUUUGUUUUUCGUUGGGCUGGUCCUUAUUAACUGCCCAUGGAUUCAGCCAGUACAGCCUAUUAAGGGCUGAUGUAUGUUCAAAAAUGCUGUUAAUACUUAUCAGUCCUUGCUGCACUGAAUAUGCAAAUUGCAAAACAGAGGAUAUGUAGAUUUAUAUAGGAAAUUGUCCAUUUGUUGUAAAUGUUUAUGUGUGUGUGACUAAGUGUGUGUGCGAGAGCAAACUGAAACGUAUAUAAAGAAUUGACACAGCAGUAUUUGCAAGCAGAUGCAAAAAUGUCUGCGUUUUCUGGUCUAGUAAUAAAGUCAUCAGCAAUGGACACUGAAUUCGCUAUUAAGAGGAUAGUGUGCGACAAGCUGCCAUUUCCGAUGAUUAGUUUCAUAAUUUCCUUCUCGUUUUGUCAGCAUAUAAUGUAUGAAUGUGUUUUUUUCCUUAUCUGUGGUCUGUAGUUGAUAAAAUAAAGAGAAUAUUUCUAAAGAAAA